AUGAAAUCUGAAAUUAUAAUCAACCUCAUAAUUCCAUCCUCCACCUGGGUGAGGGCCUUAGUUCCUGCAGAACUCAGGGACCAUAUCAGAUUAUGCACAUCCCUUGAGGAGGAACUAGGAUUCUGCUUUAUCACUGCACCAUUGUUUGAUUGCCUUUUCUCUGUUCUAUCUUCUGUCCCCUUAAAAGCAUUGAUUCCUGGGACCUGUUCACGGGUAAGCAUUGUGGCCAGGCUUAGAUCACAAAAUGGCUUAAGCCAAAAUGAGCUCUCCUAUGUUAAGAAAGCCAUGCCUGGUUCUCUUUCUCCAAGGAGCCCCUACCCUAUCUGCUUUUGUUAUUCCGCUCUGUAG